AUGGCGUCAACGUUCAUUCCACAAACAUGGGAAAUGUACGAUAUGUUCCAGGCCCUGCUACAGGCUCCAUCGUAUCAUCUUUUCUUCGAAGCACUGCUAAUUAUCUGGAUUUUCAAAUUACUGUUUUUCUCAAAGGCGUAUGCCCCAGAAUCUGUCCUGACUGAAAAGGAAAAGGAGGAGUUGAUUGCGGAAUGGCAGCCGGAACCUUUAGCACCCGAAAUUCCAGAGGAUCACCCGGUCCUACAGGCCAUGGAGAAUAACAUAAUAACUGGAAAGCCAGGGAAAUAUGUCACAAUUAACGGAAAGUCGUGUAUAAAUAUGGCAACAUUGAACUUUUUAGGUAUGGCUGGUGACCCUUCAGUUGAGUCUGCAGCAAUUGAGACUCUGAAAAAGUAUGGCGUUGGCUCAUGUGGACCUAGAGGGUUCUAUGGCACUAUGGAUGUCCAUUUAGAACUAGAGGACAAGAUAGCCAAGUUCAUGAACUGUGAGGAAGCCAUUCUGUAUGCAUUUGGAUUUGCUACAAUAGCAAGUGCCAUACCCGCUUACUCGAAACGAGGUGAUGUCAUUUUCGCAGAUGAGGGUGUGUGCUUUGCUAUUCAGAAAGGACUAAUUGCCUCAAGAAGCAAAAUCAAGUGGUUCAAGCACAAUGAUAUGGAUGAUCUAGAACGUCUCCUUCUGGAACAAGCGAAAGAAGAUAAGAAAAACCCCAAGAAAGCCAAAGUGACAAGAAGAUUUCUGGUUGUGGAAGGACUCUAUGUAAACUAUGGAGACUUGUGCCCACUUCCAAAAUUAGUGGAACUAAAGUGGAAGUACAAAGUCCGUCUCUUCAUUGAAGAAAGUUUAUCAUUUGGAGUUCUUGGUGCUACAGGAAAAGGCGUGACUGAACAUUUCAACAUCCCCCAAGAUGAAAUUGACUUAAUAGCAGCAGCGUUAGAAAAUGCUAUUGGAUCAACUGGAGGUUUCUGCUGUGGAAAGAAAUAUAUUGUGGAUCAUCAACGACUCUCAGGGUUGGGGUACUGUUUUUCUGCCUCUUUACCUCCAAUGCUGGCCACAGCAGCCAUCCAGUCAUUGCAUUUGAUUGACAAUCAACCAACCAUGUUGAUUCAGUUGCGAGAGAACUGUGAAAAAAUCCACGAGAAGCUGAAAGAGAUAAAUGGAGUCCUUAUAGUUGGAGAGGCGUUGUCACCGAUCAAGCAUAUAAGAUUGGCCGAACCAAGCACUGAUCGUGAUUUUGAUGUUCAGAUUUUGCAGAAGGUGGCCGAUCUCUCCAGAGAAAACAAAGUAGCCGUAACUUUAGCUCGGUACUUGAGUGAGGAAGAACACAAACUUCCUGUGCCAAGCAUCAGAAUUUCUGUAAACAGUCAACUCUCAAAUGAUGAAAUUGAAAAUGUGUGCACUACACUUAGUGACGCAUUUCAAAAAGUUCUCGCCCAUUAAAUGUAAUUUAUUACUCUAGGUUAUUGUAGCUGUUACACCAAAAUUUUGUAAGAAGGUACUCAAUUUUUGUACAUUAACUUAUGCCAACAUUUAUACGAGAUGCAUAAUUUAUGUGUGUUAGUAUUAAUUACAGUUUUACAUGUAUAUAUGCAAGUCUGACAUCAUCACAAAUUUAGAAGAUUUUUAAUAUUUUUUUCAAGUAGCUUUCAUCUCUGUGAUCAGGUUUGAAUUUCGCACACAAUGUAUUCUUUAGUUUGUAAUACAUGACAUUGCACAUAUUUUCAUCGUUUGUUGGUUAUGCUUUUGAAUAUAUACCCAGUGUUGAGAUUUGUACUGGUAAUCUGUCCUAGAACGUAGAAUGAAAAUUGUAUCUCUGCUAACCCAAUCUAUUCCAAAUUAUACCCAGUACCCUAAAAUUAUUUCAAAUAGUUUAUUAAGAGAUUUUUGAAUAAACAUUGUUUUGUAAUUAAUUCCUGUACUUAUGUAUUAGAGGUAAUUAGUAUUGUCUUAGAUGUUGACAAAAACACAAUUAUUAUUUUUGUUCUUUUUCCAUUACCAGGCAUAUAAUCACAAGAAAGUCCAGUGAGUAAAAUUGAAUAAAUAUACGUGUUUUAAAGGAACUUGAAGGCAGUAAAUCUCCCAUAACUUUAUGAGAUUUGUUAAUUUUUUUAUCACUGGAAAUAUUGAACUGUGAUAUAAUAUGAAUCCAAAACUGUACACAUGUACUACAUGUAGACUAAGUGAUCAAACUGUCAUGCACACAUUACAUGCACAUUUUGAAUUAAAUUUGUUUGGUUUUUUUUUAUUAUUUAUAUUAUUCCUAGCA